AUGUCCGACCUCCCACUGAGAGGUCAGGGCACGAGACCCCCUGGGAUCCAUUGCAGGGGCUCAGGCUCCGCCCCACCAGCAAACAUACCAGCAUCGGUCGCUGGCUCAUCAUCCUUGGGUGGUGGUGCCUCGCCAAUCUCGCCAGACCCUACUUCGACUAGGGCCACAUACUCAACCGUCAUGCCGUCUCGAUCCCGCCACACGUCACCUCACCGCAGGUCCUGUUCCACCAUGGGUUCCGCCCAUUCGUCUGCAGAUGAGUCUGACUCAGGGAUGGCCCACCCCCAGGAGAUGGAGGUCGAGGAUGCUCAGGAAGGCGAAGAGGUCUCAAGGGACCCCUCCGUUGACCAACUUCUAGGUCAAUACUCCUUGAAGUUCUGA